GGGCAGGGAAUGGGGCGGUUCUCUCCCGCACAGGGUUAAAAGCAAAUGGAAGAAAAUAUUAAGGCAAGACAGAAAGCUGACUCCUCCUCUGGCAGAUCUCCUCCUGCAGCCUGCACAGUCCCUGCCCUAGAGAGAAACUGAAAAAGCAGAAGGGAGCAGCUCAAGGAACCAAGGAAGUCACUCUUGGACCCUAACUGUUAGCUUAUUAAAUGUCCAGGGGGUCAUUCUAGGAACUUAGAAUUAAAAGGAAAACAAAAAAAGGAGAAAAAAUAUAAGAAAAUGCAACACACACAAAGAGGCAUUAUUUUGACUGUUGCAUCUAAACAAUGAGUUAUCCAGGUUAUCCUCCUAUGAGCGGCUUUCCCCCAAUCCCCACAGCUAAUAAUCCAUGGGGGGCACCUGGAGGUAACCCUCCUCCUCUUGGACUCGAUAGCAUGGCGGCUACCUUUGGUCAGCAGUACAACCCACAGAGCUAUAUGCAAAACUCAGGGUAUCCUCCAGCUGGUUUUGGAGGUAUGAAUCCAGGCCCAGGAAUGUACCCACAGACUGCAGGUGGUGGAUAUGGGGCACCUCCAGGUGGUGGAUAUGGGGCACCACAGCCUGGUCAACCACAAGUUCCUUCCUAUGGCAUGUUCCCACCAGCUAGUGGAGGCCAACAGCCACAGAUGCCAGGAUAUAAUCAAGGAUAUCCCUCAGCGCCCCUGCCUGGUCAGCCAAUGCCAUCACAUGGGCAUCCGCAAAUGCCCAUGCCUGGUCAGCAACCCAUGCCAGUGCCUGGACAACCACCAAUGGGCAUGCCUGGACAGCCUCCAAUGACCUACCCAAGCCAGCAACCUGUUCCAAGUUAUCCUGCAGGACCAGCUGUAAAUCCUUCUAUGCCAUCGUACCCAUCCCCAGGAAUGCCAGCUGUCACUCCAGGGAAGGUUGCGAAACGAGGAACCAUAACAGAUGCACCAAACUUUGAUCCACUUAGAGAUGCUGAAGUGCUCAGAAAAGCCAUGAAAGGAUUUGGAACAGAUGAACAGGCCAUUAUAGAAUGUCUGGGGAGCAGGUCAAAUAAACAGAGACUGCAGAUUGCACUAUCCUUUAAAACGGCCUAUGGAAAGGAUUUAAUAAAAGACCUGAAGUCUGAGCUUUCUGGAAACUUUGAGAAGGCAGUCCUAGCGAUGUUGAAAGCGCCUUCAGUUUAUGAUGCUUAUGAAAUCCAUGAAGCCAUUAAGGGUGCCGGCACAGAUGAGGCUUGCAUCAUAGAGAUCCUGUCAUCACGCAGUAAUGCAGAGAUCCAAGAAAUCAACAGGGUGUACAAAACAGAAUUUAAGAAGACACUGGAACAGGCUAUUAAGAGUGACACUUCCGGUCACUUCCAGAGACUGUUGAUUUCACUCGCUCAGGGGAACCGAGACGAGAGCAGCCAUGUGGACAUGACAUUAGUCCAACGUGAUGUCCAAGAGCUGUAUGCAGCUGGGGAGAAUCGUCUGGGCACAGAUGAGUCCAAGUUCAACGCCAUCUUGUGUGCUAGGAGCAGACCACAUCUUAAUGCAGUUUUCUCUGAAUACCAGAGGAUGUGUAACCGUGACCUUGAGAAAAGUAUCUGUCGUGAGAUGUCAGGGGAUCUAGAGAGUGGCAUGCUGGCAGUCGUGAAGUGCCUUAAAAACACUCAAGCAUUCUUCGCUGAACGUCUUCACAAAGCAAUGAAGGGCGCUGGCACAAAAGACAAGACGCUGAUCCGUAUCAUGGUGUCGCGCAGUGAGGUGGAUUUGCUGGAUAUUCGCACAGAGUACAAGAGGCUUUAUGGAAAGUCCCUGUACACAGAUAUCACGGGCGACACAUCUGGAGAUUACCGGAAGAUGCUUCUGAAGCUUUGUGGUGGGAACGAUUAAGCGGUGCCUUUUUCUACGUGGGACAGAAAAAAGCCUUGCAUAUCGUUUGUCUGCUCAGUUCUUUAUUCUGUUCAUAUCAAUAGUUUGGUGCCUACCAGAAUGUACUUAAAGGGACAUGCAUCCCAAAAUGUUUCUUUCAUUAUUCAGAUAGAUCACACAAUUUUAAACUUUCCUGUGUACUUCUAUUAUCUAAUCUGCUUAGUUCUCUUGGUAUCCUUUAUUGAAGGAGCAUCAGUUCAUUACUGGGAGUUAGCUGAAAGCCAAUGGCAAGAUGCAAAUGUGUGCAGCCACCAAUCAGCAACUUCUGAGUCUACCUAGGUAUACUUUUCAACAAGGGAUACUAAGAAAACAAAACAAAUUAAAUCAUAGAAGUAAAUUGGAAAGGUAUUUAAAAUUGCAUGCUGUGUCCAAAUCCUGAAAGAAAAAAAUUUGGGUUUCAUGUCCCUUUAACUAAGUGCACCCAACUACAACCAAGUCCAGUGCAAUAUCUCAUUAGCUUGUAGUGGCUUAGAACUGUCCUUAUAUUUACCCAACUGUGUAUACACACAUGACAGGCACAUAUUGACACACACAUGUAUAGCACCUGUCUCCAACACAAAUUCUUCAAAUGUCCAACCAUAUUGCUGUUUCCAUUAUCUACAGCUCUAGAAAAUACAGUUUUUGCUUGCAAUUAAUAUAGUUUAACAUGUAUUGUUUUGUGACAGUCUGCAAAAUAUGUAUCAUAUUUAUGUACUUAUCUAAUGGUGCAGAGGAGGAGCUGAGCAUACGUACACCUUUGCUGUUCUUAUUUUGAGGUGACCAUAGUUGCCUCUAUCUUAUUUCUUUACAAAAAGGUUUUCAGCCUGGAAUAUCAACAAUAUUUUUCUAACUAUUAUAUAAAAAUAUAGAUCUCUUAGGGGAAAAAAGAAACAUAAAAAACCUUUUGCAACAUAGAUCACAGCUUCACUUUAUGCCAAAGCAAAAUCUUCUAGCCACAAAAACGUACACCUAUAAUAUACAUACACAAUUCCACAUGUUGUAGCCUGAAUGAAGACUUACAGGAUCCACACGACGUGCUUGUAAGUGCAUUUUACUCUGUCCUUUUAAGAAAGAGAGUGUAUGACCUGUUAUUUUAUACUAUAUAUUUUCUAUGUACUUGACAUUGUUGUCAUAAUACCGGAGGUGCCUAAAAUAUGUUGCUUUGCUGUAAAAGGAUAAAUCAUAAAUAAUAAUCUCUGGCAACAGUUUAACAUGCUGUAAAACCAACCCUUCUGGAUGUCAUACUGAGACAAGUCAUAAAUUCAUUACACCACAUUGUGUCUAUUGUUUAUUGUCCGUAGAUGUGCACAACGAAUAUUAGUAAGGAGUUAAAGCUUGUUUUACUAUCAAAACACUAUAAAACGUUGUUUAAACCAAAUAGUGACUGUUUUUUUUCUCUGUGUCGUGUUUGUAUUUUCCUAAAUAAAAUGAGAUUACAA